UGUAAUGUCAUUUAUGGUAACUGGUAUAGGCUUGCUGAUAUGAGUUUAUAAUGCCCUUUUGACACAAUAAGGUCAGGCUGAUGUCGAGGGAACUAGUUUGCCCAUUUCUGAAGGCGUAAAUGGAAUAUGAUUCACUGGCAUUUCAUUUGGUUUCAAUCAAUGUGAUGGGGAUGGCAUAAUCAUAAUGAUAAUGUGAUGAACAAGAUUAUGAAGAUAAAUUUUAUUAAAAUUGAUAAAUGUCUGGAUAAUGAUUUCUAUGGACUAGUGUGGUGCCAUUCUAUAGUAUUUAUGCUUAUACUUAGUAAAAGAUGAUGCAGUAUGAUGAACAUGAUCCAGCCACAAAAUAUUUUUAAAUCAUCGCAGUUUGCAAAGCAUGCAAUGUUGCUAAAACAAGCAUCGUAAUUUUUGGUUCUCAGCUAUGAAAUAGAAUAAUUUAGUGACUAGAAAAAUAUUUUUAAAUUUUGUUGCACAUCGGUGGAAAAUUUGGUGCAAUUAUUCAACCAAAACUUAUUACGUGAUGAAAAAAAUGCUACCGGGUGUUGGUGUUUUUGGAAGUACAUCGUUAAUAAGGUGUAUUGUCCCCAUCUUGAAAGCAUGUGGGUUCAAAGUCAUAGCAAUCUGGAGUUCUACAGAGGAAGAUGCCAAAGAACUGGCAAAGGAUCUAGGAAUACCACUAAGUACCAGCAAGGUCGAUGAAGUGCUUCUUCAUAAGGAUGUCGAUCUAGUGGUUCUAAGUUGUUCACCGCAUAUUCAGUCACCCAUCGCUGUUAAAGCUCUCAAUAUUGGAAAGCAUGUCUUGUGUGGUAUGCCUGCAGGGUCAGGAGAAAAAAGUGCACACAAGAUGGUCAAUGCUGCAAGGUAUUAUCCUAGAUUAAUGUCUCUGAUAUGUCAUGGCCUUCGAUUUUUGCCAGUAAUUUCAAAGAUGAAGAAACUAAUACAAGAAGACGACUAUGUGGGCGACAUUACAGUUUGUGAAGUGAAAGUUCAUUGUGGAUCUUUACAACACGACAAGUUCGACUGGAUGUGUGAUGAACUAAUGGGUGGCGGGACACUCAACACAAUUGGCAGCAGCAUCAUUGAUGUCAUUACAUUUGUGACAGGGCUUAAAGCUCUUAAGGUUCAUGGAAUGCUAAAAACAUUCACCAAACAAACUGAUAAAAUUAAAGGUAUUCGAGAAAUAACUAGUGAUGAUUUCUGUUCCUUUCAAAUGGAGAUGGAAGAUGAUGCAUGCGUUAAUGUUGUAGUGAAUGCUCAUAUUCCUGGAAAUUUCAUCCAAGAAAUUCUCAUCUGUGGUACAAAGGGUCAUCUCAUUGUGAGAGGCACGGAUCUAUUUGGACAGAAAAGUGACCACACAAAAGAGGAUCUCCUCCUUUUUGAUAGAACAGGCAUUAAGGAAGAAGUAAAAUUUGGAAUUUUAGAGAAAAUCCGGAAGGAAAUUCCAUCUCCGUAUUUGAAAGGAGUCAUUCGCAUGAUUGAAAGUGUAAAAGAUGCAUUUGACCGAGAGGAACAGCGACAGAUUUGGUGUUCAGAGCCGCUUCAUCUUGCAGCAACCUUUGAAGAUUAUUUUUACACACAGACGAUCAUUGAAGCCAUCAAGAAGUCUAGCAAGACUAAAGAAUGGGUGAAGGUUGUCAUGGUGACUGAUGAACUGGAAGAAUAUACGACCCCCGUAUUGAGACAAACAGCUGUACCUUAACGCUGAACAUGAGAAGACAUAUAGCUGUUGUAUUCAUCAUGAAAUCUCUUCAAGUUCCAGAGUUUUAUCAUAAGAUUUAACUUGCUAUUAAUAAAAAUAUAUCCUCAGGGUUUCUGCCAGAGGAUAUGUACCCUAAAA